AUGUGUCAUGUCGCCUCCAAGGCGGCCGCCAUCCACCUGGGCCGCAACCUGGCCCUGGAGCUGGGCCCGCGCGGCAUCUCGGUCAACAACAUCGCGCCGGGCUUCUUCCCGUCCAAGAUGGCAGACGGCCUGCUGGAGCUGAGCGGGGGCGCGGCCGAGAUCGCGCGCCGGAACCCCAUGCGCCGCCUCGGCAGGCCCGAGGACAUCGCGGGGGUCGUCGUCUACCUGGCCAGCCGCGCGGGCGCCCACGUCAACGGCGCCACCAUUGCCAUAGAUGGCGGCGCCAUGUGGCAGCGGGGGGAGCUGCUGCUGGAGCCUGCUGCGAAGCUAUGAUUUUGUACGUUUUUGAGUGUUUGAUAUAUGGUCGGUCUCUGGGGCGAGAGCGAAUGUAAUCGAACUGUUGUAGGGUGGGAGCAAGGGUUCCUUCGCGCGUCUGCACUGCGUCAUAUCUAGGGUACAAUCCAUGUAUACAUCAACCAUCUCUGGCUCAGUGCCUCGAUCCACUAGCGUUUAUGCACCGCAACCUGCCUCCCUCCCUCCC